AUGUAAAACAACAAAGACUGAUUUGCAGGAGAUAUUUUGCUCUAUUGAUCAGUAUAACAUAUAUACAAGAAUACAACUUGAUUCUAGGAUACAAAAAGGAAAACUAUUCUAGCCCUAUUAAUACCUAAUAACAUAGAAUCAAUGUGAUGAUUAAGAGUGAAUGUGUUAAAUGUUGACAGCUAUACUAGGCUAAUUUUGCUCUACUUUCCAACACUAAUCCUGAUCCUCUUCCUGAGGCCCCAGUGAUUUCCAAUGAUCUCCCUGAUGUUUCAUCUCACUUAGACAAGCCUGUGCUUUCGGUGGAGCCAGAGUCCUCAGCUCCUACUCCUCGUUCUGGUGCCAUUGUUAUUGCUGAACCAAUCUAGGAAGUUGUUGAUGUUUUUCCUCCUCCUGAUAUACCAUAUGAUGACAAAGGUAAAGGUAAGGCUAUCAUUGAAUUCCCAGACCCCUCCUCUGAUGACUCUGUUGGUAAUUCUCGCCUGAUGAAAGUCCCUCCCCCCUCUGUUGGGUCUGGGCUUGGGCAGGAAAACGAGCCGAUCAAAUCACUUUUUAUAUGAUGCCAAUACUCAAGAAUACAUUCCUGUUGAAAUUAUGAGGGUGUAGCCAGACGAUCAUCAAUAUUCAAUUUGGGCCCCCAUACUUUUAUUCCCACUCCAGAUUUAUUAGACUCUACCACGACACCAUCAGUCCCAUUCACCUUAUCUUCUGUUCCUUCCGCUUUGGCAUCUACCACGCCUCCAUCAAUCCCAUUCAUCUUAUCUUCUGUUCCUUCCGCUUUGGCAUCCACCACGCCUCCAUCAGUCACCACUCCUCCUUUAGUUCCUGAUGUCUUGCCUGCUAUUAAUGGAGGGAUCUCUGAUUACCUUGAGCGUCUCAAGCUUAAGUGUUCAUUACUAGCUUCAGAUGUGGUGGAUACGGUACCUCGCCCGCCUAAGCGUCACCGUCGAACAAAACGGCAAAUGGUUGAAGCUCGGGCUGCUGAUGAAGUUUUGGGUACCUCAUACGAAGCGUAAGCCACGCCAUCCAUCUACUUUCAGGUCUCGCGGUCAUAGCCGUAGUGGUGGUAGAGGUCAUGGUGAAGUUUCGACCUCCAGAAUCAAUACUUGGGCUGCUGAUGAAAUUGAGGAUUCGGCCAAUUUAUUGACUUUUCAGUUGCAGUUGGAGGAACUGGCUUCAACGGACUUGGGUAGCCUUGUGAGCGCUCCUUUAAUUCCGAAUUCUCAGUCGUUGUUUACAGAGGCUGUUUUGGCUACUUCACUUUCUGAUCCUUUACCAGAACUUUACACUGUUCAGUCACCUCUCUCGGAAGAGGAAAACAAGCGGCUUUGGGAUCAGAUGACUCAGUUACUCCAAUCUUCAGUUUAAAAUUCGAAAACUACUUUGGGCUUUUCUUCUGGGUUUACUGCUUCUACUUCUUAGUAAGAGCUGCUCGUUUCUACGGUGUCAACGUUUGAAUCUCAUCACCCUGAUGAAAACGGCAUAGGUGACUGGCCGGAGGCAGUCACGGGCCCUCAAUGAAGCUACUAUCCUGUUUCAGAAUUUUCCAAACUGAUUAUGAACAUCUUGACCGUUUGGCAAUGAAAUGCCUAGAGCUAGGGCGACUUGUUACCUCCGAGAUUAUAAAUGCAGCAGUUAGUCUUCUCAGGGAUCUAGAGUCAUCUACUUGGUAUUACACUACAUGCUUUUCAGAUAGAGCAAUUAAGGCUGCCAAGAAAGGAGGUAAUGAUUUGUUAGAAUUUGCUGCCACAGCACCAAAGAGGUUUGCUGCUAUAUUACAAUAUCGAAAAGGCCUUAAGAAUGGAGAAAAGAUAUUUAUCCCCAUCCUGGAUCCAGAUACUACCCCAAACCACUGGUUCUUCAUUGUGAUUAAAUUAGCGAGAACGGAUGUAGAGAUAUGGGACACUUACCCGAAUCCUGCACGCACUAUGGCUCAAAAUGAUCUUGUUUCUUAUGUGCUUUUGGCAUUGGACACCAUAUUUGACACUGAAAUCCAAAGCUGUUUCAAGAAAGGAUGGUCGUUUUGUUCAUUCACAGUUUUCAAUGUAAAUGACAUUGACAUUCAACAAAACAACUUCGAUUGUGGCAUUUUCAUGCUCAGAUACAUAAUAAACUAUGAUAAUCCGUUGAAAGAUGAGGUUCCACCUGUUGAUGGCUAUUCAUUUCCUCAUCUUACAAAGCAAAUGAAUGUAUUUGUGUACCAAAGAAGAGGGACGAGGGUUUAAUAGGGGUCUAGUACACUUUCUUCGUACAGGAUUUCACCAGUUGCUAUUGAAACGGAUUAUGCCUUGGGAAUUUGGUAGGGUAGGUAAUUGUGAGCACUACAGUUAUGUAUUCAAUAUUAGGAUCUUGAGUUUUAGAGUAUGUUUAGAAUCAUCUUGCGUUUUAGAGUCUGUUUUAGCCUCCAAUUGACUCCCCUGUUUCCCCUGACUGGUAAUAUCUUUCUCUUUGUUUUGAUCUUAUCAAUCUUUUUUCCAUUGUAUUUGGGCUUCAUUUUAUAUACAGUAAUGAUCCAUAAUUCGGUGUUCUUAUUGAUUUAUGAGGUUCCUUAAACCCAUCAUAGACUCUGUAGUUUGUAACUUGCUAUCAAAUCCGUACUGCCAUUGAUGAUUUCUGAUAUUGAAGACACAGCCUUCAGCAUAAUAGCCUUAUAGGUGUUUCAGUAUACUGCAGGACAAUCAGUGUUAGUUGUUUCAUUUUAUGAAUUGGGUAUCGCUGAAAAAAGUUAUGUUCUUUACUGUCGGCAGGUGCAUUUGAGAUGGCGUGGUUAUUAAUUAUCUCUUCUAUGAUUGUAAUAUGGAUAGCUUUUCUGUUCAAAAUUCUCCAUGGUGCAUACUCACCUUCCAAGGGUGCUUUCGUGAAUGAUUCUCAUAAUGGUGGCAGUGCCAAGAAGAGAAAUGUGUUGCUGGUUGUUUACCACCCAAAUGAUGAGUCCAUGUUCUUCGCUCCAACAAUAAACUACCUCACUUUGAGAGGACAUUAUGUUCACAUCUUAUGCUUGUCAAUUGUUCCUCAUGCUGGCUUUGGAUUGAGUUUUGAAAGGCUUGUAAAGUUUGCAACUGGGAUUGAGAAUAUCAGAGAUGUGAUUCCUUUCCCACAGACACCUAGUUCAUCAGAAUUUUAAGGAGGCUGUUUACAUUCUUUGGCUCCCAAACAGUAUUUUUCUCUUUCAUUUUUCCCCCCUUCUUACCUUCACCAUUUUGUAGCUGGUUUCUCAACUUAUAUUGGACAAGAAACUCAAGGCAAUUUUCAUUAUUUUGUCCUGAAAGUGAAGGUUAAUUCUGGUACAAGAACUAAAAUGUUUAUUAAACUAAUUGUCUAUAGUAUUCGUCUUUGUUUUUCUUUUGUUUGGGCAAA